GGGAAGGGCGGGGAGCGGAGGGGAGAAGAGAGCAGAGGAGAAGGGAGAAGAGCUGGCCACCAUGGGGCCCUGGAGCCGGGUCAGGGCGGCCAAAUGCCAGAUGCUGGUCACCAGCUUCUUUGUCUUGCUCCUGGGCCUGUCUAUGGCCACAUUGGCGGCUCUCACUUACUUCGGGGCCCACUUUGCUGUCAUCGGCCGUGCAUCCUCAGACAGGACCCCCUAUGAGGCCAUGCACCGCUGGGCGUUCUAUGUCGGCAUCAGCCUGGCUGGGCUCCUGACCCUGGGCGCCAUCCUGGGCGCUGCAGCCACGGUGAGGGAGGCCGGGGGCCUCAUGGCUGGGGCAUCUCUCCAUUCCACUGGUCAUCUAUUCUCCUGGGUCUCGCCCUUCACGAGGAGGCCCCUGGGUGGGGAGAACCCGGCCCCAGCCUGUGCCGGGCUGCAGAUGCGCCCGGAAGGGGUGCUGUGUCAGCCCAGCCAGGGACACAUGGCCCGGGGCAGCGGGGCUCCCACAAAGCCGGUGCAGGAGGGAGGAGGUGAUGCAGACACAUCAGCCCUCUGGACACCGAGGCUGUGUGGCCGGCUGCCCGAUGAGCUGCCCAGAGCUCUAGGAGACGAGGGCUUCCUGUGCUUUGCCCUGGUGUUCGGCGCCCUGGUGCAGGUGGCCUUCUGGAGAUUCCACAACCCCACCCAGGUGGAGGAUGCUUUGCUGGACGCCUACGACCUGGUGUAUGACCGGGCGGUGAAGAACUUGUCCGGAACCCCGCGGCAGCAGCUGGUGGCCAUUCAGGACACGUUCCUGUGCUGUGGCAAGAGCUCUCCUUUCAGCCUCCUGGGGGACGUGGAGGCCGGUCUGUGUCGGGGAGAGCAGGCAGCCAGACAGGACUGCCUGGUGGGGAUCAGGAGCUUCCUGAGGACGCACAGAAACAUCGCCUCCACCCUGACCGGCAUCGGCCUCGCCGCCAUGGUGUACGCGAUGCUGCUCAGCUCCUUUCUCUGGUUCGCCAUUCGCUCUGGUGGCAGCUUGGACCGCAAGGGCAAAUACACCCUGAGCCGGAGAGUGCCCGGCUGCCAGCCCCAGGAGCCCAGCUUCUUCAGACGCUCCCAGGGGAGCCCCAAGCUUUAGCCCACAACUGAAGCAGAUGUUCUCCACGGCCGCCUGGGUGCAAGUGGACCCUCGGGGGGCCCUCGGCUGCUCCAGGACGACUGACACGUUUGAACCGCCUGUCCCACCACCUGUGUGCUCACAGAGGCUCAGCCGGCUCAACCGCGAGCCUUACAAGGACGAUGUGAGGUGUUUUCUGCUACGUGGCGGAGGGACGGGGGAGGAGGAGGCCAGGCUGUUGGCGGAACACGGGUCCGUGCAGCGGUGGGACCGAGGGCCCCUCCCUGAUGGCCGUCAGUGAGGACGGUCCUCUGCUCCCUAAGACCACAUCCUUUGCAUGAGAAGCCUUCGCCUCCAAGGCAGCGAGGGCCUGUCCAUCCUUCCGACCGCCCCUUCCCUCCGGCGGGCGAGUACUCUGCUUUCAAGGGUCCCUGUGGCUGCAAGAGGUCCACUGGGAACCUCCGUCUCUCGGACAGCAAAUCUCACACUUCCAAGGACACUGUGCUCACAGGUGCAGGGCCCGAGGCAGGACCUGCGGUGUGAGUGCUGGAGGACACUAGAAAUCCAGUAGCCAGGCGCUCCCCCUGGACACCCAAACCCCCUCUCUGAUACGUGCUCCUACUGUCCCUGAGGCUGUGCACCCUCUGCUAAAAAUCCCAAGCCCCCAGCAGGACCAACAAAGGGGGGGUCCCCCCAAAACCGAAGGACCGUUCUGGCACAGGCAGCCAAAAACGUGACGACGUGACAAAUACCCACCCCAGCCCUCCCCUUGUGUUUCCAAUCACACGCGUGCGCGCACACGCACACCUCCGAGAGCAAGCACAUUCCCGCCUAACAAGGCGCCAAAAGUAGAGCACGGGGGCAGCAGCAGACCUUGUCCCCCCGACGAGGAGGCCCCGAGUCUCGUGGGUCCUGCGGUGCGGGACAGUCGGUCUCUGGCCAUGCGCACCCCCACCCCAGUCCUGUUCUGCUCAGCUUGCCUUCUACAGCUCGCAAAAUAUAUUUUAAUGAUACCAAGCAGCAAAGCUGGCGUCCUCUGCACAACAACGGUGGAACCAAAGGAAAGAAAAGGGGAUUUGGUGAAAUUCUGUGAACCAGCAACUCGGCGGGGUGGGAGUCUCCAGAUGGUUACUAAGAAAUCGGAGGGAGAAAACACACAUGGGUGGGACGGGACAGAGGCCCUCAUACAGCACCAUCGAGGCUGGGCGGGCCGAAGGGACAGACGUCCUGCUGCUGACCCGCCGGGACGCCGGGGACGCCCGUGUGGAGGAAGAUGAGCAGCGGGAACGAAGGUCGCCGGGAGGAAGCAGACCCGGAGGCCCCUGGGGCGACAAUCAGCCGCCUGAUCCAGAUAAAGGUUGACGGAGGACUGGGGUCUGGGCUCCACCCUCACUGGGGUGCAGAAGAGAAGCCCCCCCCCCCGACUCCCUGAUGUGUGCACGGUGGUAGCAAACCCACGGCCAAGCCUGACCCGCCGCCACCGGACCUGGAGAGGGCCACGUGCACAGGCGGGCCGGGUUUUGGGGGCUGGAGUGCGGGACAGGCCUCAUGAAAGCUGUCUCCUCUUUUCCUGGACCGUGUUCUGGGGAUGGACGUCUGCCUGGGGGUGUCCCCCACCCGGUGCCAGCAAACAGUGGGCACGCAGCCCCACUGCCUGAGCAGCGUCCACGGGGCCUGAGGCCGCAAGGGGUAGAUGCAGGCGCCUUCUCUGGCCACAGCCCCAUGUGGACCCUCGGCCAGGGUUUGCAGCAAGAGCCUAUGGGCACCUCCCAGCGACGGCCGUGGGGACUGCGAGCGGGAGAAGCUCCAUUUGAGGGGCGUUAUUACCUUGUUACCCGAUGCUAAUUGAUGGUGGAAAAGCGCUCUCAGGGGGAUGGCGGGGAUGGCGGUGGCUUAUACGGCCCCCGUGCCGUCCAGGAGGUGCCAGGAGGCGGUGCCGCAGGGAGCCUCUCCUCCCCGGGGCAGGAAGGGCCGGAUUCUACCUGAACAGGUCUCGCCCAGCGACCAAGAGCUUCUGGGUCGCCGGCGGCAGUUCCCAGGUGAACAGACAAGGCUCUGUUUGGAAGGCCCCGGUGGUGCAGAUGGAGGGAGCCGGCAGCCAAUCAGCUCUACGGGCCACCCUGCUCACUGCUCUCCCAGCCGCGAGGGAAGAUUUGAACCGUUGGGAGAAGCCCGGCGUUUGGUUUCUGAGGACUCGUGGGCAGUGGCCAGUGGCCCGGUCGUAUGGUCCAGGGGGCAGGUGAUGGGACCGGGCCUGCUGAAGGGUGCCAGUGCGUGGCACGGCCCGUGGGAAUGACCGUGGGAACUGCAGCAGUGCGCGAAAGGACACCUCAGUGCCCGUCGCAGGGGUUCCUUCCAGGUUUGGAAGGUGAUGCAUCCGCGGGCGGAUAUCCCCGAGGGCUCCCCGGAGGAGGCGUGGUCGUGGGGGUGGCAGUGCAGAGGUGGACAGAGCCCAGACACAUUCCUGGGGCGCCCGCAGAGGCACCGGACGCCAAGAAGCGCGGCUCCGGCUGCCUCCGGAGAGAGGCGGGCUCCGAGGGCCUGCUGGGAAGCCCCGGGCACAGCUGGCUGGUGACACUGACACUGCCUCCGAGGCCCCAGGGCCACAAACGGGUCCCGGCAGGAGGGACACGGACUCUGGGCUGUGCUGACUGGCAGUGGACACAGGUGCUCAGGGUGCUUCUGGAGCAGGGCACAGCACCCCGAUCUGGGGGGCGGACUGUCGUUUCUUCAGCUCAGGCGACUCAGUCCACAGCCCCCGGCGUCCGAGAGCCCUCCCCUCUGAGGACUCGUGUGAUGGCGAAGGAACGGGCAGCGAAAGCAGCGGCUGUGCAAAGCACGAGGGCCUUCACGCACGUGGGCUCACACUCAGCGCCACCGGGACUCAUGGAGAGCCCCCCUGCCCCCGUCAUACAGCGUGUGUUCCUGACGGGUCUGGGGAAGGGGCGCUGUGGGGACACGGGCAUGGUGACGGUACUCCUCUGCCUCCGCCCAGGUGCACCUGCCCACGAGAGCAGGGCUGCAGCCCCGGGGCCAGAGCCGGGCGCUCCCCAAGCCAGAAACGGUAGCGAGGUCCUUUUUAAACCUAGCACCGGAGUUCCUGACGAGGCGGCUGAGCCCUCACCCCAUCUGGCAGAGCGGGGUUCGUAGUGAGAGCAGCUCCGUUGUCUGGUAGUCGGAUGGGGGUGGACGGAGGGGAGGCGCUCCUGGGGCAGGGAGUCUUGGCGGCCAGGCCUGGGGGCCCUCCCAAAGACCACAAACGGAGAGACAGGACAGUAGUAGCUGAGGGCCUGGGGACAAAUUAUGAAUACAUAACAGCGAAUGUGCAGAUCACGUCAAGAAAGCGGGAGACGGCGCUGCCUCUUGGCCCCACGGCACCGGGAGCCCUCAAGGACCGGCUGUGUACGGCCGGGUGCGCUCCCACCUUCAGAGCCUGCAGACCUGGGCUGGGUGGCCCGGGAGAGGUCCUCACAGGGCACGACCACAACAGACAGGACCUAGUCUACUACUCUGCCUGUAGCCCGUGACCUUUAUGAUCAUGUUCCUAUAAAGGAUCUGGUCAAAGACCAAGGGGUGGCCGGUGACAUGAUUAAAAAUGAAUAUUUGGUCUUUGUUCCCGUUCGGGGCACAGAGUUCCUACAACUCUUGUCAUCUCUGAAGUAGUGACAGUGUCUCGGGUGUGUGCCUGGGAUGACUGGUGGCUUCGGGACCGAGGCCCGUCUCCAGAGAGGUCAGGCGUGCAGACAGCCCCGGGGAGGGGGGAGGACGGGAGAAGGAGUCACUCGCCCAGGUAAUCACCAUGCCCACCCAGGGGAACCGCCAGGCAGGCUCCGAGCCGCUGGGAACUGGUCGGUGAACAGGUGCGGGUGCCGGGAGGGGGGCACCCAGAGAGCACGUGGACGCCCCGCGGCCCUUCCCCGGCACCUCGCUGCCCGCAGGUCCUCCGUGGGGCUGUUCCUGAGUGGUAUCCUUUCUAAUAAACAGGUAAUGGCAAGGGAAA